AUGGAAAAAUCAACUGUUGAACAAAUAUUAAAAAUUGUCGAAACAGUUUAUGGAACAUAUACUAAAAGCAACUGGAUCCCAAAACCGUAUGCUGAUAAUAAAAGUCGUUAUUUAUGGACAGAUGCAUACGGAGUUUGUAAUUUUUUAACAUUGUAUCGUGAAACAAAUGACAUCAAAUAUCUUGAGCAAGCUGAUGCUCUGAUUAAUAAUGUUCAUGAUAUACUUGGACAUCAACGAAAUGGAAAGAAACGUUUAGGAACAGCAACAGCUGAAUAUCCAACUCGGGGAGGAUUACGCAUUGGAAAAGUUGAAGAUGAAGGAUCAUACGAUGGUGAUGGACAAUAUUUUCAUUAUUUAACAAAAUGGGUAUUUGCACUAAGUCGCAUGGCAAAAGUAAAAAAUGAUCAACGUUAUAUAAGAUGGGCCGUUGAUUUAAUAAAAGCAAUUCAUCCACAUUUUAUUUAUCGUGAUCGUAAUGAUCAGCUGCAUAUGUAUUGGAAAAUGAGUAUUGAUUUAACGUACCCUGUAGUACCAUCAGAAGGAAAUCUUGAUCCAUAUGAUGGCUAUGUAACUUAUCGAUUAAUUGAUGAGAUGGCCGAAGAGCGAGAAUUAGAAAAAGAAAUAGCUGAUAUGAAAUCGAUGGUUGAUAUAAAAUAUUCACAUUAUCGCUCUUCCGAUCCACUCGAUUUAGGUGAAGCAUUAUGGAUUACACACUGGUAUUCAGACGAACUAUGGGCAAAAGCAAUAACAUCAAAGUCAUUACAAGCACUUGAAGAAUUAUGGCAGCACGGAGAUUUUCGUGAGCCCUUAAAUCGACGAUUAGCAUUUAGAGAGUUUGGCACAACUAUUGGUGUGCAAGUUAAUGAUAAAGCUAGCGAAGAAUGGAAAAGUAGAAUUAAUGAAAUACAUAAUCUUUGGUUACCACAUCUCUAUAAACGAGAUAAAGAUAUUUCUCCAGUCAUGCUUUGUACUAGCCUUCGACCCGGUGUUAUUAGUCGUCAUUAUCUACAGUAG